CCGGCCCGGCCCGCCGUCCGCAGCGGUCCCCCGCCGAGAGCCGCCGCCAGCACCCCCUUGUCGCUGCCGAUGGUGUUGCCGGGGUCCUGCUGCCCUCUCCCGGGACUCGUCCCGCUGUCCCAGGCAGGGCCCCUCCGCCCGGGAGCGCUGCGCCGCCGCCGCCGGUGCCGCCCGUGCCCCCUGCUGCUGUUCCGCUCGCUGCUCGGGCUGGGGCUGCUGCAGACCGGCCUGGGCUGCGCCCUGGUGGCUCUGUGCUUCGGGGCGCUGUCGCUGAGCAGCGCCCCGCAGGUGAAGAACGCGUGUCCCCUGUGGGCCGGCUCCUCGGCAAUCUUAUGUGGAAUCUUAGGGUUAACAACAUGGAAGAGGCCAAUGCGACUUUUGGUUAACUUGUUUGUUCUGCUGUCUAUGAUCAGUUUUAUGCUGAAUAUGACUGGAUUAAUACUAGGAUGUCAAGGCAUUCAAUUUGUGUCCGGUGUACCCAGAUGCAAUUUGAUGGAUAUGGAUGAAAACAAGACUUGUUUUUGCUGUGAAGAACUUAAUCCCACUACCUGCACAGAAGCAAAGGCUAUACUGAAGCUAUACCAUGUGAAGUCAUGCAGUGCUGCUCACCUUCUUCUCAAGAAGGUUCUCUUAGCUCUUAGUGCCCUGAAUGCUCUCACCGCCACAGUUUGCUUCACAGUGGCUGUCCUGCAUUGCUUACUGACGCUUGCAUCAAGAAGAUCCUGCACAGAUGAAUGUGAGAUUGAAGGUGAAGAUCACAAUUUGGAUCCUGAUGACUUUGUCCCACCUGUCCCACCUCCCUCCUAUUUUGCAACUUUUAAUUCUUGUACUCCACCAAGUCACAGCACACCUGUCUCUGAUGUGAUUUCACUGCACUAUAUUUAUGUAACACGAAUCAGAGGAGUUGAAGUGUACUGCCCUCUGGACCCACCUCCACCCUACGAAACUGUGUGCAGCUUAAAAAGCUCUGAGCAGGGACGUGUACUUCAAAUAAAUGGCAUGGAAGAGGUUGAUUUAGGGGAAGUAAGUGACAGGCAGUCCUCUCAAGCUGAAGAAAUUGAGGAGCCUUCCAGCAGAGUGAGCCUUUCCUCUUCAAAUGCAAGCUGUGUGCCUGCAGGAGUGAACAGGAGAGCCUUCGAUCCCUUGCUGAAAUGUUCUAAAAGUGACCCUGUGCUCUUGCACUGCCAGCUGCCUCCAGGGACAGUGCUCAGCAGUGAAACUGCAACACUCAAUGAUGUAAAUCCACCGAACACUGUCACCUUGCGCAAGAGUUCAAGAGCCAGAGCUUUGAGGGGAAGACCCCAGUCUCUGACAGACUGUCAGUCUUACAUUGACACUAAACAGCAUGUGGCGUGGAUCCUUGAGCAGUCCUGCAGCAUGAGCCCAGACAUACAUGACUUGGUGGAAAAUAUCAAGUCUGUUUUAAAAUCAGAUGAGAAACAUAUGGCAGAAGCUGUCACCAGUGCCACUUUCCUUGAGCAGGUGAUGACAACACCUGACCAGCAAGCUACAUCAUUGAGAGUCCAUGUGUUGCCUUCUAGAUUGCAUCCUGGAUUGCUAUACCUGGAGAGCUGUGGUGACCUGAGUACUUUCACCACAGAGGGAGAGCAGCUAGCAGAGAGGAGAAUCCAGAGAGCAGAACAUGAACGGCCUCAUAGUGUUAUUGGUGUUGUCAGAGAAACUGUGCUUUGAGCUGGCUUUUGGUUAUUCCUGAGCAGAGCACUGCUGUCAGACAUACACAUACUGCAGAGGAAAAUAAUCUCUGGCAAGUGGGUGGAUGGGUUUGCCAAUAAUCACCUUCUUUUUUAAUACUCUUAUGCACAGGCUCCAAAGGGCGAAGAUCAUUGUACAAAGAAUAAUGAGCAGAUUGAAAGCUGACCUUUACUGGGCCCUCAGCUGCAGCUCAUCUCUUUGUGAUACAUUGGUGCCCUGCAUCUGUGUGAAAUUUGGUAACAUGUAGUUGUGGGGUAUGAUGAUACAUCAUCCUUGUGGAAGGAACAGGAAAGCAGUAUGGCACUUUGGUUUAAAUUAAAAUCUCCUGUCAUAAAAUGGAGACCUUCAGAUACAAACUAAGUUAGUAAAAAAUGGUGUACAGAAUUCUAAAAUUAUUCUUUAUAAAGGAAGGUUAUUGAUGUGCAAACUGUACUAAAAAUAAAAUCUGUUUUGAAAAAGUGC